AUGGCCCUUUUCGCCAAAUUGGCAACCUAUCCUCCACUGGCCCAAGUCACGGUCGUUCCUCCCACAAGAGACAAAUUCAACUUUACAGUCGUCCUUGAGUCCUCGAAAUCUUUGCCGGAGAGGCCGUGGGAGGUCUCGAUAUGGUACGAUCACGCAAGCUACUCUGGGACCAAGGCUCCAUGGCAUGCACUCGACCUCACUUUAGUCGACACCACGCCUGCGGUUCUGUAUGACGAUACUCGAACAGAUAAUUACCGCUACACCUUUUCUGGAGACCUCGAAAGCCCGUUUAUAUCGACCGACAAAACUUACAAGGGUCGGAGAGUCCCCUUCACCGUCCGCUAUCGAGUAGACCCCAAUUCGGAAUGGUCCUGGGUCUAUCACAACUUUGGUAUCCGCGAUGGUGAACUUGUCCUCCAACCCCCCGUCGACCCCAAUUUCCUGGGCGCAUCACCAGUUGAAGUCUGUGAAGGCUGGACCCUCAGGAAGACUCCAAGCGAUGCGCCAGAAGCACGUCUCUACACUAUCGAAUCAGCUCACCCGAUCCCUUCCGCAAGUCAAGGAAAUGCCAAAGUCGAAUCGCUUGUUCUGGGCAGAGUGACUCAACUUUGUCGAUGGUUUGCGUUGGUACGGAUAUGGGAGCCGUGGUUUGCCCCUCGACAUGGCGAGCAUCAGCUGCAGUUAUCGGAACCAGCAAUAUUACUAUCUUUUCUCAGAUCUGAUGGCCUACAUGUUGUGGUCCUGGCCAUUAACGGAAUUGACGACGUCCUCACUCAGUUCGGGUCAACGCACGAAGGCGAGAUUGUGGUUCAGGCCAGAAACGACUCUGCGCGGGAUCGCAAGUUCAAGGUCUUGGCUGCUUCGGCUUGGAAGUUCGAAAUCGCAAAUGCUGCCGUUAUGUACGAGAUGCGAAAGCUGGUCCGACAGUCCGCGGCCUACCAGCAAAACCUCGAACGUCUAGAGCAGCUACCGAAGAGCAUCAGGUCGGAAUCCCUUGACUCGGACACCGUUUUGAUCAACCACGGCAAGCCCUCGUCCGAUCUACCCACGCUCAAUCCACAGUGGUUGGCAAGUUGGUAUGACAGCCUGGCUUACUGCACAUGGAAUUCUCUCGGGCAAGACCUCAAUGCCGAGAAGAUCAUGGCAGGGUUGGAUUCACUCGCAAAACAUCAGAUUUAUAUCUCGACCUUGAUCAUUGACGACAAUUGGCAGUCUCUUGACGGCACACAAGGAGCCACGAACCAAUUCCAUCGUGGGUGGAAAGAUUUCGAAGCCAACCCUCUGGGGUUCCCUGACGGACUUAAGGCUUCAAUAGACAAGAUCAAAGAGGCUCACCCCAAGAUACGUGACGUUGCUGUUUGGCACGCCUUGAUGGGGUACUGGGGCGGCAUCUCCCCAGAGGGCGAUAUUGCGAAGAAGUACAAAACACUCGAGGUCACAUUCCGUGAUGGAACACCCAUGGCUGGACGAAAGCUCACUAUCCACCCGGACGAUAUCCAUAGAAUGUACGACGACUUCUACCGCUUCCUGUCGAAUGCGGGCGUGACUGGCGUCAAGACUGAUGUCCAAUUUUCGCUUGAUCUCCUGGCGAACACGUCUGACCGGCGGUCAUUUACCAAUACCUAUCAAUCCGCGUGGACGCAGGCACAUCUACGCCAUCUCUCUGGAAAGGCCAUCUCGUGCAUGUCGAUGAUUCCACAAAUCCUCUUCCACAGCUUCCUGCCCACGACGACGCCGAGAAUUCUCCUCCGCAACAGUGAUGAUUUCUUUCCUGAUGUUCCGACUUCUCAUGCCUGGCACGUCUUCGUCAAUGCGCACAACGCGUUGUUCACCCAACACCUAAACAUACUUCCUGACUGGGACAUGUUCCAAUCAAGUCACCCGUACAGCGGAUUCCACGCUGCGGCACGUUGUGUGUCCGGUGGACCUAUCUAUAUUACGGAUACCCCCGGAGAGCACGACGUGGACUUGAUCCAUCAGAUGAUAGCUCUGAAUCCGAGAGGGCAGACCGUCAUCCUGCGUCCCAGUUGUGUUGGCAAGACCAUGGGCGUCUAUGACAAGUACGACGAGAAAGGGGUUCUAAAGAUUGGCGUCUACGAUGGGAAGUCAGAUGUUGGGUCGGGGAUGCUUGGGGUGUUUAAUAUCGCUGAAUCAGAGAUCAGCUUCAUCAUGCCAAUCACAAAAUUUCCUGGCGUUAAUGCACCGGCCUCGACGGACGGAGCAACCCAAGUUUCAAGUCGGAAGUGGAUUGUCCGCUCGCAUAUGUCGAAACGUAUCACAUCUCCAAUCCACCCAUCCGAUCCGAUCCGAGCAGAUAGCUUGCUUCAAUGCACGCUCCCGCCACGAGGGUACGAUGUUUGGACGUCCCUCCCUGUGCACACAUUCCACCUCCCAGUCUCGAACUUGGAAGUUGACAUCGCUGUGCUGGGUCUCCUUGGUAAAUUCACCGGCGCAUGUGCGAUUGUGGAAUCGAGCUUCAACCAUACUGAAGUAGGUUCUGAAUCUGUUCCUCAACGACUCAAGAUACAUGUUCAAUUGAAGGCCUUCGGCAUACUCGGCAUCUGGAUUUCAGACGUCCAGUUUCAGCAGCGCAAAGUGGAAGAUAUUAUGGUCAUCAUCCAAGGAAAAGCUGUGCCACAACAUGUCAUUGGAUUUAAUGCAGAACAUGGACCUAAAGGAAGUGGUGUUCUCGAGAUCGACGUGGCCUCGGCCUGGGAGGAGAUGGAACUGGAGCCCGGAUGGAGCAACGAGGUCGGCGUCGACGUCUUUCUCAAGUGA